GUGGUUGGCUGGCUGUCUGUGUGCGUGUGUGUAUGCUCGAUGUGUCGUGGAGCCUGCUUAUCUAUCUGAUAUCUAUCAGACAACAAAGCCAGUCGUCGUUUCCAGGGGAGUGUGUCAAAUAGAUGGACAUUACAUUUUGACAUAUUUAUUAGUGAGGUUGUCACAAGAAAGCAGGGAAAAUACAAAAAUGGCUGGUCUGAUUCGAUGUUCAGUCCUGCGCGCGGUUACACGCCAGUUUGGCACAAGCUCUCGGGUGGCAUCGGCUCAGAUGACUGUCCGAGAUGCUCUCAACGCAGCUAUAGACGAGGAGAUGGAGCGUGAUGACAAGGUAUUCAUACUUGGUGAAGAGGUCGCAAUGUAUGAUGGAGCAUACAAGGUGUCUCGUGGAUUAUGGAAGAAAUAUGGAGACCGACGUGUAAUCGACACUCCUAUCACUGAAAUCGGCUUUGGCGGAAUGGCUGUGGGCGCAGCUUUCGUCGGACUAAGGCCCAUUUGCGAAUUUAUGACGUUUAACUUUUCUAUGCAGGCCAUCGAUCAUAUCAUUAAUUCAGCAGCGAAGACUUACUAUAUGAGCGCAGGAUUAGUCGCCGUACCCAUCGUGUUUCGGGGUCCUAAUGGGGCAGCUGUAGGUGUCGCUGCUCAGCACUCGCAGUGUUUCGCCGCAUGGUACGGGCAAUGUCCUGGUCUCAAAGUGCUAUCGCCAUACAGCAGCGAGGAUGCAAAGGGUCUCCUCAAGGCGGCUAUCCGUGACAAUGAUCCGGUGGUCUUUCUGGAAAAUGAGCUUUUGUAUGGAGUGGCGUUCGACAUGUCAAGCGAAGCCAUGUCUAAAGAUUUUGUUGUACCCAUUGGAAAAGCGAAGAUCGAGCGCACAGGCAAUGCUGUAACAUUAGUUGCUCAUUCAAAACCCGUUGGAACGUGUCUUGAGGCUGCCAACGAGCUCGCAAGCGCUGGUAUCGACUGCGAAGUGAUCAAUCUUCGAUCGAUUCGACCGUUGGACUUCGUGACGAUUGCGCAGUCCGUAAUGAAGACACAUCGGUGUGUAACUGUCGAGGGUGGAUGGUCCUUCUCCGGAGUCGGAGCUGAAAUUAGUGCUAGGUUAAUAGAGGGUCCGGUUUUCGACUACUUGGAUGCCCCAGUGAUUAGGCUUACGGGUGCUGAUGUUCCGAUGCCAUAUACAGCAAGUCUGGAGGUCAGGGCUUUGCCUCAAAAAGAUGAUAUAGUUCGGGCAGUCAAGACGAUGCUCAACGUGCAAUAGAGAAUGAUGAAUGGUGCACUGAUAUCGUGGUUUCCUCUAUGGCUGUUAGGCUCAUUUUCUAAAAUGAAGUCGUAAUUCAGGUGAUGCAGUAUCAUGUUGAAGUGUGCAGCUUAUCAUCAUCACGAAAUAUGUAAGUCAAUUAGUAUAAAUUACGGAUAAAGUACAGUAUAAAUUUCCAAUUUAUUUGCGCGAAUUAGACAUACCGCAAUCAUGGCCAAUUUAUCGCGUUCCGAUUGAACAUAAUUGGGUACGGACUGUCAUAAUCCGGAAAAACAUGUUGGGUGACUGAGAGAUUGUGAAAUGAAACUGGGCGUUAAGCUACACCAAACUGCGUUUAGGGUAUAGGAAUGUAAUAAAUAGAAUAAUUGACGAAACAGCGUUAAUGACAUUGAUGCUUUGUAGUGCAACUUAUUGCCGCCGAACCAGUUUUAUAAUUAGGACUUUUUAGCCGAGUUCAAUCUAAGAAUUUGAAGGAAGUUAACAAGUUUUGCAGACGGCGGGUCCUAAGUACUUUUAUUGAACAUCUGUCUCAGUGUGUACUUUAAGACUCGGGUUCUACCAACUGUAAAUUAAAUACUUUGCUGCUGCACUUUACAAAAACAACUUGGAAGUUUUAAGUUUAAUCUUUUCUCGUUUGAGGAUAGAUAUUAUAGAAAGAAUAGUAAGUCAUUGGGGCGUCAUAGUGAAUGCAGUCAUAACCUUCAAGCGAGAUUAGCAAUUGAGUAAAUCAAUAUGGAAGGAAAAUAAUGUAAAUAAUUAUCGACACUCAAUAAAAAAGUGGUUGUUUUUUAUAUGCA